GUUGCGCAUAUCUAGGGAAGAAAUGCGCGGCAGCAUUGAACAUCUAAUUAGAUUUAUUUUGCCAAAAACAAUUGUUACUUCUAAUGAUGGCCACCGAUGUACAAAACGCAGAUUCUAAGGAUACGCUGACUCAGCUGCUCGAAAUGGGCUACGCAGAGAUCGAGGCACGACAAGCGCUGGCGCAGGCCUCCAAUAAUCUGGAGCUGGCCAUACAAUAUCUGGUCGGCGAAUACGAUGCCGAGCAGACCGAUGAGGCGCAGCAGCGACGCACACGACGCCACUGCAAGGAGCUGCGCAGCUGCCUCAUGGGCAAUCCAGCCAUAACUGAUUACGCCGUGGCAGCGCUAAUGAAGAAGCCGCGCACUGCCGAAGCAUUGCGUGAGCUGGUCGGCGCUCACAGCUCCAUGUUUUUGGGAUCGCUGUUGGAGUCAUCCUCCGACGAGGAGCAGCCGAAUGAGGAGCGCAAGCAGCGAAAACAGUAGAUUAAAUGAGUUAAGAGGAGUGAAGAGAAGUGGUCGAAUCAGCUGUUAAAACUAGAUAUUAAAGCGAAUUAAACGCAAGCUAA